GCACAGAUUCGUACGGUGUACAUCUAUGGACAACCCAUCAUUUCCCUGUUCGUCGAGAACCAGGAGCGGCUUUGUCUGGCACAGAUUUCCAGCACGCUGCUGAAAGACUUUAGCUACAACGAAAUUCACAACCGCCGCGUGGCGCUCGGGAUCACCUGCAUCCAGUGCACCCCGGUACAGCUCGAAAUUCUUCGGCGGGCCGGUGCAAUGCCCGCCUCGUCACGGCGCUGCGGUAUGAUCACACGUCGCGAAGCGGAACGUUUGUGCAAAUCAUUUUUCGGCGAAUGCUCGCAACCGGCGCUGCCGGAAGGGUUUGCCUUCAGCGUGUACCACGAGUGUGCGUGGGGCUGCACCGGUUCAUUCUCGCCCGCACGGUACAACUCGUCCCGGGCCAAGUGCAUCAAGUGCGCGUACUGCAGCCUGUUCUUCUCGCCGAACAAAUUCAUCUUCCAUUCGCAUCGGCUCAGCCCGCACGAUAAGUACGUGCAGCCGGAUGCGGCAAACUUCAACUCAUGGCGGCGCCACCUGAAGCUCCAGGGCAGCCCGGCGGAGAAGAUCAUACACGCCUGGGAAGACGUGAAGGCGAUGUUUAAUGGAGGUACGCGUAAGCGAUACAUUCUAUCGACGGCUCGCAAGUACAGCGGUGGCGGUACGCCUGCAUCUUCCGCCGCACAAUCGACAGCAGUUUCUAGCAGUGGUGGUGGAACUGGAGGAUCCACAGUGUCCGCGACGACUCGCGCAUCUCCACCCUCCUCGCUAGAGAAGCCAACCCCUUUGGUGAUAAUGCCGACACCAACGCACGCCGAACCUCGGCAGAUACUCCCCGUACUGGGCGGUGGUAUUGUAGUGCCGAAAAAGGAGUACUCCGAUCUGCAACCGAUCGACGCAAGCUACAACAGUGACAGCUGCAGCAACAGCACAAGCCCCUUUGCUCACAUUCCCCAUCUGCUAUCGAGCAACAGUUCCAGUGUUGGCGGUUCGUCGGCGUCGACGUCAGCAAUUCGUGCAGGCCUGCCACCAUCGACACCCGCUCCUAUCGGUACGCCGGGAAGCGUUGCAUCGCCGGUAGCAACUCCGGUAAUGGUCGUUCCGGCAGCUGUAUCAACAUCGUCCGGUGGAAGUCCUUCGGCAGCGGUAGCAUCAACGGCGGCUGCAGCGGCAGCGGCUGCCGCAGCAGCAGCAGCCAUGGUUUCUAGUCAUGCAGCGGCCACCUCCACCGUAGUAACUAGCUCGGCAGCCGUUGCGGCUGCUAACUUCGGUUUCAAGCUGUCCUGUCUGCAACCGUUCGCGUUCAACGGUAUAGGCCACUUUCCGGCGAUGGUUCCGAGCACGGCUGGAUAUCUGGUGCCACUGCUGCGUCCCACCAACCCGAAAAGCAUCUCAGCGGCCGCUAUGUCAGCGUUUAAGCCCGUAGUUAGGGCGAGGAAAAGGUAUGAAGAAGGUGAAUCGGUUGGUCGACAUCCGAUCACAGCCCCGAAGGAAAUAAACCUGCGGCUAAUACUCGUCAGUGGCAAGACGAAAGAAUUCCUCUUCAGUCAAACGGACUCGGCCGGAGACAUAGCACUCACAGUGUUUGAAAAUUGGCCCGAUGACUGGGAAGCGGAAGCGGUAGCAAAGGCAGAAAUCUUAAGACUAAUCUACCAGGGACGCUUUCUACACUGCAACGUAACGUUAGGAGCGCUGGGGCUACCAUUAGGCAAAACCACGGUGAUGCAUUUGGUACCGCGUGAUAAUUUACCCGAGCCAAACUCACAGGACCAGCGACAGAAGAGCAAAGGCGGUUCCAGUAGAUGUUGUUCCACGAGUUGUUGUAUACUGUAACCACCAUCACGGCGACGACGACGAAGACGAGAGAGGCGUGUG